AUGGCCGCCGCCUUCCUCGGCCGGGGACAACUUCGUCCCCGGGGCCGCCUGAGCCGCUGCUGCGAGCCAGAGCGUGAGAUUUCAAGUAUGUUGCCAGCCAUGGAGGAGCCCCUUGUUGGGGGCAACAGCAGCACUGAGGAGACAGGAGGGGCAAAAGAGAGCUUGGUGGUGACCGAGGUUAAGAAGCAGCUGUACCUCGCCGGGCCCCUCGUCGUCGGAUGCCUGUUGCAGAGCGUCGUGCAGAUGAUAUCGGUCAUGUUUGUCGGCCAUCUCGGUGAGCUCGCUCUCUCGAGUGCCUCCAUCGCCACCUCCUUUGCCGGUGUCACCGGCUUCAGCUUGUUGUCUGGCAUGGCGAGCAGCUUGGACACACUGUGUGGGCAAGCCUUCGGGGCAAGACAGUACCAUCUGCUUGGCAUCUACAAGCAGAGGGCAAUCCUUGUGCUCACUCUGGUGAGCGUUGUGGUUGCCGUGCUCUGGGCGUACACCGGGCAGAUCCUCCUGCUCUUCGGCCAGGACCCAGAGAUUGCCAUGGGGGCAGGGAGCUACAUCCGGUGGAUGAUUCCAGCACUGUUCGCUUACGGACUGCUGCAGUGCCAUGUUCGGUUCCUCCAGACGCAGAAUAUCGUCCUCCCGGUGAUGGCGAGCGCAGGCGUCACGGCGCUGAGCCACGUGCUUGUGUGCUGGUUGCUGGUGUACAAGCUUGGGCUGGGCAACAAGGGCGCUGCCCUGGCCAAUGGCAUCUCAUACCUGGCCAAUGUGUCAAUCUUGGCUAUCUACAUCAGGGUCUCUCCAUCCUGCAGGAGCACCUGGACAGGCCUCUCAAAGGAGGCGUUUCACGACAUCCUUAGCUUCAUGAAGCUAGCCGUGCCAUCUGCGCUGAUGGUUUGCCUAGAGUGGUGGUCGUUUGAGCUGCUGGUACUUCUCUCCGGACUUCUCCCUAAUCCCAAGCUGGAGGCAUCGGUGUUGUCCAUUUGCUUGAACACAUCUUCAUUAGCAUUCAUGAUCCCCUUCGGUCUUGGGGCAGCCAUAAGCACCCGUGUUUCAAACGAGCUUGGUGCUGGGCGACCUGAAGCUGCCCGUCUGGCUACUCGUGUGACCAUGGUUCUGGGUCUCGUGACAGGUGUGUCGUUAGGACUUAUUAUGAUCUCGGUGCGCAAUCUAUGGGGGUAUGCGUACAGCAACGAGAAGGAGGUGGCAGAGUACAUUGCGAGAAUGAUGCCGCUUCUCUCUGUGUCGAUCAUUUUUGACGAUCUGCAAUGCGUUCUUUCAGGUAUUGUCAGGGGCUGUGGCUUGCAAAGGGUUGGUGCUUGUGUCAAUCUCAGUGCAUACUACCUUGUCGGCAUUCCAGCGGCGCUAUGCUUUGCCUUUGUCUACCAUCUUGGCGGCAUGGGGCUGUGGUUCGGAAUAAUCUGCGGGAUAGUGGUACAGAUGCUGCUGCUGCUGGGCAUUACCAUGCGCACCAACUGGGAUAAAGAGUGGAAAGCGGGAUCAACAGCUGAAUAUUGUUAUGAUAAUACUUUUCUUGCUGGUGUGUGCUUUUAUCAGUUAAAAUGCAUGUUUCUCAAGAGACACAAACUGCAAUUGAUUCAGAAUGAGAGUAGGAACUUUCGCCUUUGCUUCUGCCACAUACUUUUGUAUAUUGACAUUCAACUGUUUUGGUCGUUCCCAUUUAGUUUCUAA